AUGAUGCAGAUGGUCAAUGUGCUUGGCACCAAGACUGAAAUAGGUUCUCCUAUGAUAUGCUUGUAUCUUCUCGGAUUCCCCGACCAUUACACGAAUAAAAAAUUCAUCACAUUCUACUGGAAGUCUUAUGUGGCAGAGGCAGUGAGCAGCUGGAAAGAUCCGGGCAGUUCCAUUGAUAAGGUACAAAUUACACUGAAGAAGCGGAAAGGAUCUAUAAUAGGAGUCUCCCCUGUAGAGGAUUAUAUACACAGACCUGUACAACUUGAACAUAUCUCACUGUAUGAUUGGAUGUGCACGUGCGAAUGA